AUGUUUGCGGCUGAAUUGAAUUUAGAACAAGAGUUUUCAGAUAUCACUUUCUCUCUCUUUCUUUCUCUCUCUCCCCUUUUAUCUUCCCUUCUCUCUACCUCUCUCUUUCUCUCUCACUCUCUCUCCCUCGCUCUCUCCCCCUCUCUCUUUCUCUCUCUUCCUCUCUCACUCUCUCUCCCUCGCUCUGUCCAUCGCUCUCUCCCCUCUCUCUUCCUCUCUCCCCUUCUCUUUCUCUUUCUCUCUCACUCUCUCUCUGCCUCGCUAUCUCCCCCACGCUCUUUCUCUCUCCCUCUCUCUUUCUCUCUCUUUCUAUUUACUCUCUCUCCCUCUCCCCGUCUCUUUUCCUCUCUCUCUUUCUCUCUCUCGUUUGGAAGCACUGAGAAAGAUGCUCUUAUGACUUUCGUAUAUUUGAGCCUCACUAAACGACUCGUUCUUGCAGCCUUGUGCAUAACUAAGUUAAGUGCCAUAUAA